CUUUGUAUAACAAUCUAUCAUAGAAGCUUAAAGAUUGCCAUGGCUAUUGAUUUACUCGCUCCACAUCAAGUACCCAGCGAUCAGCGGGUGAUAAUACGUCCAUUGAGUCACUUGUCGAGCUGCUAUUGCAGGGUGCUGCUGAUAAAACUCGCUGUUUUGUCGUUUGUGCUUCUGCUACUUCCGCAUCAAGUUUUCGCUGCUGCUGAUCUUAUUUCCGUGGACAAAUACGUUGGCGAAGAUGCAAGUUUCACAUGGCAGUCAAACAAUUAUCUUGAAUUUAAAUUUGGUAUAUCUAAUGCUGCACAAAGUGACAUUAUUGUCAAUGGCGUACUGAUAACGUGGAGUAGAGGCAGUUUUGCAUCUGAACCUAACACCACAGGGCCCUACCAAGGCAGACUGUAUUUCUAUGGAGAUCCCAGCCCUAGCGCUGAUUCCAAGCACUUUGAGAUCACGAGAGUAACAGUUCUAGAUGAAAAGGUGUACUUGGUGGCCAUCAUGGAUCCUACAAGCUACAAGUUCACUGCAUUAAGAGCCUGGAACCUAGCAAUAAGAGAGGCUCCAGCAUUUAACCCACCUCUUGACAGGUCAUGUGACGUAGCUGAGGACAAACACUUUAGCAUCACAUGCUCAGCGAGUGGUCGCCCAGCCCCCAAUGUCACGUGGGUCAAUAAGACGUCAGGGUCCCCGGUGGCUCAUGGGACAGGGAGUGCAAUACUGAGUCUACUAAAGAUCCAGCGACACCAAGCAGGGGUGUACCAGUGCCAGGCCAUCAACGAUGUGAGGAGGGGGGCCAUAACCCAAGACAUCACCAUCAACGUGCAAUAUCCGCCAGAGAUUACUCCAAUACAGAACACCACAGUAAGAGCGGGGGAGACCAUCACCCUGACAUGCGCAGUGGCUGGUAACCCGACACCAAGUGUUUCCUGGUCAAAGGCAGGAUCUGGACAUAGCACCAAUGGUAACGUCUUUACUAAAGCUGGUGCCACAAAGGCAGACACUGGACAAUAUGUCUGUACUGCAGUAAACACCGUCACUGGAAACACACAGACAAGAACAGCAUCCACUUAUGUCAUGGUCAAAUACAAACCAUCCAUUCUUUCCAAGUCCCCAGAUCAAACUGUCAACGAGACCAUAGACUUUCUUAAACUAACAUGUUUAUCUGACGGCUACCCCGCCCCCACGGUCACGUGGUCUAGAGAUGGGGUAGUGGUGUCACGGACCAGUGUGUAUUACAGCAACAGCGUGAUAAGGUCAGAGGCGGGGACGUACACGUGCACGGCUACUAAUGAGAUGGGGAGUGACACAACCACGGUACAAGUCACUGUCAACUAUAAACCAGAGAUGGUGUCUUCAACCAUCAACACGUCGUCUUGGGAUAGAAAAGUCCUGAGCCUGCAGUGUAAGGCCAGAGGUGUACCAUUACCUCAGAUCACGUGGUACAAGCCUGGCGGUCAGCCAAUCACAGCUGAAGUAAGCCCCAUCUCUGAAGGUAGCCAGCUCCAAGUAACGACAACUCACGACGCAGGGGACUAUGGACAGUACAAGUGCCGGGCGUCUAACUUGUUGGGGUCAGUGGAACGCCUGAUCUACGUCACUCAAUUGUUCGCUCCAGGCCCUCCCAUUAUCACGGUGUCAAAUAUCGAGGCGUCAUCCAUCAAAGUCAACUGGGCCCCUCCUUCAUCUGAUGGCGGCAGCCCUGUCAUCGACUACAAGGUGGAAGUGGAUCCUGCAAAACCGCCCCGUGAGGGGGUGCCUGGGGGCCAAGUUGUCAUCUCAGAUCUUACAAAGAAUACAGAGUAUACUGUAAAAGUGACCGCGCGGAACGUUGUUGGUUAUGGGGAGGCUGGGACGGAAAUUAUCCGAACUAAAAAGCAAGGACCCCCCUCGCUACCGUUUCUCAAACCUGUUGACAAUACUACGACAAGCGAGGAAAUCACCCUGGAAUGGGGCAAACCCGACGAGAACGGUGGCGCCAUCCAGGCCUACAUCGUGUACUUCAUGUUGACUUUCCUUGAUGGCCAGAAGACAGACUGGACUAAAACCGCCAACAUCACAGACCUCUCUGUGCUGAGCUACACAUUCAAGGGCAUAAAGCCAGGAAGGACUUACAGCUUCCUGGUCACCGCGUACAACCAGUACGGAGAGAGCGCCAGGGAUUAUACCAAAGCACGCGUGGUGCAGGUCAACGAAAUAACCACAAAAGGUGCAAAUAAUCAAUCAGAAAAAAUCGAGAGAAGAUGCGACUCUUAUGUGGCUGUUUCUGCUGCUUGUUCGACAAUCAUCGCUGUUCUCCUUGUCUCGAACCUGAUGUCUUUAUUCUAUAUAUACAGAAAAGGGAGAUCCAAGCACGAGUCCAGGAUUCCUCGAGGAGCUCUGAAAAGCGCGGCAGUGUAUGAGGACCCAAUAACAAUGAAUACGAUUGACCCAGUCACCCACACAAAUUCUGCGUCAAGUGACGUCACGUAUAAGAACCAUGGCAGCCCGUACGAUGAAGUCACAGCGACAAGCACUUACCAGUCUUUAGACCGUACCACCCGCACCUACACUGAUGGGCGUGGUCAAACACGUGGACCGCGCGAAUACGAGGCUGUGGGUGGCAGUGGUCCUGAGAGGGGUGGGGAGGGGCAAUACGCGGAACUGACGAGCACGUGUCCAGACUACCAGCCACUGCACAUCUAUGGAAAUGUUGGUGGAGCGAAAGGCCACAGAGACAUGGGGACGAAUGCGUAAAACACUUGUGCUUAUUCCAAACUUCUGGGCCUAGACCUGAGUUGCGCGAAUGGAGGUGGCAAUAUGUAACGUAAAUGAUAUUCAUUGAAUGGAGGUGGCAAUAUGUAACGUAAAUGAUAUCCAUUGUAAUAAAUGAGGGAAGGGGGAGGCAAGCAUUUAUUCCUAUCAAGGCGAUAACAAUAAAACAGCCAGACAAAGACGAAGACGGGAAUAUGCAAUCUCAAGCAGGAAACAUUUGUACUUUCCUUUAGCUCUCAAAAAUUUUACAUCGCGCCUCAUAUAACUCUCAAGUACAGGGUGUUGCAAGAAAUUCUCCCCUAAUUUUGUCUUUUUCUUUUAGCUGUCUCAAAAACUAGUUAAAAUUAUUGAUAAGGUCCUGAAGAAAUUAAAACACCGUGACGUCGGUUUAAUAAUUCUUAGUUUUGAGGGAUCCGGACCCCACCCUGCUCAUGUGUCGAGAAGUGUUCGACUCCGGUUGACCCUUAAUUGGUAGUUAAAAAGACAAUAAAUUUUGUGCGUGCAUUUGGAUAGAGAAGCUUCUAGAUGGAUCUAGUGACCAAAGGAUAUCAACUAUGUUGAUCCAUGAUCCGUGCUUCUCUGGACCCACCCUGCGUAUUUCUCUAGACCCGCCCCUGAUCUUGGUAAUUUUGGAAACGUGGAGGAAAAAGAAAUCUAAACUCUAGUGUAAAAUAUACAACGACACAAAUCGCGCGCUCUGAUUGGUGAAGGGUCCAUGUGUUAUUAGAGGACACACACAAACAAGGCGUCACAAUGCGGGCGCUCCCUACAACUAGAUUGUAAUGGCUAGUUCUCACAAGGACGCAAGCGCAAACAAAAACGGAAGCGCAACACAAGAAUGGGUCAAACAUAAACGCAAGCGCUAGAAAAUCAAGCAGAUGCGUUCUCUUGCGCUUGCUUUUGCGCUUGCGUUCCAGUGAGAAUCGGAAAAUUCAAUGCGGUGCGCUUGCGCUUACGUGCGCUUAAGUGCGAACCAACCUUAAGAAAUCACAUUAAUUGUUGUAUUAAACAAGUAGAUCUGAUUUUUUGUACAGCGUGUCAUAAACAAAAAAAUUCGCGAC